CGCGCACGAGGACACGCGCACGAGGACACGCGCACGAGGACACGCGCACGAGGACACACCGGGACAGAGACCGGGACCAGGACCAGACUCACCAGGACCAGACUCCGGGUCCAGGACCAAACACACACACACACACACACAGACGGCGGCGGCGGUGAGGCGGUGUGAGAUGAUGGUGUCCGUGGGCAGGAGCGGUGUUCUCGCGGUCGGUCUGUGUGGGGCGCUCUUCCUCGGAUACUGUAUUUACUUCGACCGAAAACGACGGAGCGACCCGACCUACAAGAGCCGACUGAGGGAACGGAGGAAGCAGCAGAAGAUGGACCAGGAGAGAGCUGGACUGCCCAAGCUGCCGGACCUGAAGGACCCAGAGGCCGUGCAGAAGUUCUUCCUGGAGGAAAUCCAACUCGGACCUGACCUUUGUUGUUCAGGGGAGGUGGAGUCUUGUGUGGAUCAUUUGUCCAGUGCCGUCUCCGUCUGUGCUCAGCCUCAGCAGCUGCUCCAGGUUUUACAACAGACGCUGCCCCCACCUGUUCUCCAGCUGCUCCUCGCCCGCCUGCCCACCCUCCGACAGAGAAUCUCCGGAGCUCAGAGUCUGACUGAAGAGGACAUCGAGUGAGCGCCUCCUGGAGGAGAGGACGCCCCCUGGAGGAGAGGACGCCCCUGGAGGAGAGGACGCCCCCUGGAGGAGAGGACGCCCCCUGGAGGACACCUGUGUUUCCUGUGCGACAUUAAAGCUGCACUGUGGAACCUUCCCAGCGCCUGUAAAACCCCCAGACAUGUGUCCUGCCCUGACGCUAAAGCCACAGUGUGGAACUUUGAAUAGAAAAAACAAAAGCAUGUUUCCUUCCUGAUGUUUGUGUUUAUUUCCCCUGACGACGAGCGGCUCGCCUCUCCACACACCUGACUCUCACUGACUCUCUCUGGUUGUGGCUGGAAUGUUCCGCAGUUCGUCUCCGUGGAGAAUGUUCUGAAGUGUGGCUUCAGCUUUCUGUUUCCGUGGAAUCCUGCGGGUGACGGGUCUGCUCCAGAAAGUUACGCACUGUGUCUUUAAAUGUCCCAUGAUCCUCUGCUCUGUUCUAAUGUCGUUUAUACUGAGACUACAUGUCCCAUGAUCCUCUGCUCUGUUCUGGUGUAGUUUACACUGAGACUACAUGUCCCAUGAUCCUCUGCUCUGAUCUAAUGUCGUUUACACUGAGACUACAUGUCCCAUGAUCCUCUGCUCUGUUCUGGUGUAGUUUAUACUGAGACUACAUGUCCCAUGAUCCUCUGCUCUGUUCUGGUUUCCUCGUCACUCAGAGCUGGAUUUGUGUUUUGUUUCAUUCUCAUGUUCGACUCAGACUCUGCACAUUUACACUUCUGAGUUCUUCUCUCACACUGAAAACACUCUGUUCCACCUCGUGAUGUCAUCGUGUGGCGAUACAGGAAGUGCUCCACUGUGUUUUUAAACUCCACACACCUUCACUAGAAUCACCUGGAUCAUUUCAGUCGUGGUCCGAGUCCGGUCUCAGGUCCGGACUCAGAUUUGGUCUGGGGUCUGGACUCUGAGGGAGAAAAACUGUCGGUGUCCUUGAGCAAGACACUUCCCCCACACUGCCUGGAGUGAAAGUGAAGUGUGUGAGGCUGGAGUUUAACCAGAGUCUGGAGAAGAAGAAGAAUCAUCAUGUGUGAAGAGUGUGAGUCUGCAGGAGUUGUGUGACUAAUCGAUGAAUUAGUGAAUCUGGUGAUAUCGUAUCGUCAAAGUUCUCACAAUAACAUCGUGGAUCAUCACAAAAUAUUGAAUCACAAAAGUCUGUUUAAAUGAAGAGUUCUGGAGCAGCAACAGCUAAAAAACACAGAGAACUACACUUCCCAUGAUCCUUUGCUCCAUUUUAGUGCAGACGACAAGAAGAAAAAACUGUUCUAACACUUUAACUCUUGUCACGGCAUUUUAAGAGGAAAAAGUAGAAUAUUCACAGUUUUGUUCACAAAAUAUCGCACUGUGAGAUUGUGAUAUCGCUCCAUCUUUAAUCGUGAACUUUUCCUUCACAUCGUGAUCUUUCCCAGUGUCACAGUAAAUAUCGUAUCGUGAGGUUCAGACUGUGACGAUAUCGUAUCGUGACACUUGGAUAUCGAUACACUCUUAUAAUUAAUGAAACUCUCCUGAACUUGAAGGGAAAAGGAGCUGUUCACAUAAACUACCACUCCAUGACAUCACGAGGUGGAGCAGAGCGUUGGAGGUGUUCUGAGUUUGUGUCUCCAAAGUUCAGCUCCAAAUAAAACUCCUGCUCCACUCGGUCUGUGCACAAAUAUCACAAUAUUAAUAUAUCGUAUUGUGAUCGAUACUGGAUCGAUACUGUAUUUCCUGGAGAUCGGCUCCUCGUUAAAGUUCAUGUCGAGUCUCGAGUCUCGUCGUGUUCGUGUGUUUGGACCAAAAAUAAAACCAAACUGAUUCAAACAAACGAGAUUUAUUCAACACAAAUGUACAACAUGAAACUGACACAGACACA